AUGUACUGGCCCAAUGGAGUCCCCCGGGUCUACGCGGUUAACGGCCCAAACAUCACCCAUGUAUCCUCCGACUUGGAUCGCGAACAGGUCCAGGACCCUCCGACUGAGCGACGAAGCUCGGUAGACCAAAAUAAAUAUGUGGAGGAAGAGGAAACUCCCACCAGCGAGGGCAAUCCCCCGAAUACCGAACCGUCGUCACAUACAGAGACCCCGAAGUGGGAGAACGAAGCUAUCAGCGGCCUCUGCGUAUCGCGAUCUGGGCAUAUGUUUGCGACCAUUACCGAUUCUUCGAUUUCUCUAUGGCAGACUAGGCCAACAGCAGUUGUAGCUGCUAUAGCUCGGUCUUUUUUCUCCUUGAAAACCUACGGUUCAAAUGUCGCACUACUUAUGCACCCUGAUUCGACGAUCCUUGUUGUACAGACAGAGCAUGGAUACCUCCUCACCUACUCGGUAGCAUCGGACCCGGCAACGCGGGUUUACCAGCAACAGUUCGACCACACGACACAUCCACGCCGCCAGCAACUCGCACAUUUUGCUGCUGUUGAGGAAGCCAAUGUGGUGGGAGACAUCAGUAUCAGGUUCCGCAUGGCAAUCAAAAUUGAGUCUGGGAUUGUCAAGGCUCUGGCCUUGGACCAGGAGCUUGUUGUAGCAACCCUGAAGCCGUCCGCCAUACAAUGUAUUCGAUGGACACCCGAGGCAGGAGGUGCGCAAACUACGUCUGAGGUGCUGAGCCAUAUACUGGACGUACCGAAGAAAGUGACCAUUACUGAUAUGGUCUACGAUCGAGCUAUGAACCUCCUUAUAUGGCUCACUAGCAACGGUCAAGCAUACACUGUACAGCGUGUCCCUAGAACACAACAGGAACCCGAGGCUCCCAAAAAGCUGUUCCUAGGCCAUUGUUUCCAUGAACCCAAAGAGGACGGUGGAAAGGCUGUGAAAGUGGCUGUAAAUGCUCGGUUUUCAUUGUUAACCGUCUACUGUGCCAACGGUGAGAUCUUGGUUUACACUGCCAAAGACUACACGGGCAACGUGCCGCUUUCCCAGAAGCUGCAUCUCCCCGCAUCGCCUACCACCACUGGAGCAUUGACCUUCAUAAACUAUUCGCCCGACGGAUACUGUCUUUUCGCCGGCUAUGAGAAUGGCUGGACAACCUGGAGUGUCUUUGGAAAACCUGGUGGCAACAGCUUCACAGUCGAUUCUACUCUGGCGACAUCGAAUGGCGAGGACUGGCUGACAGGUGUCUCGAACGGCUGCUGGAUCGGCGGUGGGUCCGACAUCAUCCUGUCCGCACAGAAUGAUCGACGUCUCUGGAUUCUCGAGACAGCUCGAAGCGCUUUGACAGGAUGCUUCUCUGCUGCGAACCUUGCGCGUGGCUUGUUGCAGACGGGGACCGAGUUCAUCCUCUACCGUGGACAUGAUCUUCCAGAAUUGAUGACUAUCUCCGGCAAGGACUCGCUCUGGCACCACGGCCAGUAUCCCCCGGCAUAUCUUCACUCGCAGUGGCCGAUCCGGUCCUGUGUUGUAUCCCAGGAUGGACGGUAUGUCGCAAUCGCAGGUCGACGGGGGCUGGCACAUUACAGUGUGAACAGUGGUCGAUGGAAGGUGUUUGAAGAUUCAAAGGCCGAAAACUCGUUUGCCAUCCGCGGAGGCAUGUGCUGGUACGGACAUAUCUUGAUUGCUGCUGUGGAAAGUGAUGGGUCAUAUGAGGUGCGCCUUUACUCGCGUGAGGAUGCCCUCAGUAACAACUCCAUCAUGUUCAUCGAAUACCUUCCUGCACCUGUAGUUUUCAUUGGUCCCUCCGGCGAGGAUUCGAUUCUCGUAUACACAUACGACAACAUUCUAUAUCAUUACGUUAUCAACUCGACGCAGCCUCAGAUCACCCUCGUUCCAGUUGGACAAAUCGCCUUCAAUGGGAUUGUCAGAGCGCCAACUCGAGUCCGCUCCAUCAGCUGGGUCUUGCCAGAAGAACAAAUGCACGAUGGUGACCCCUCUCAAGAUGUCAAGGUGGCCUCUGUAUUGCUACUGGUUGAUGGUAACCUGGUUCUCUUGCAACCAACAGUGACCGAGGGGGGUGAUCUGAAAUAUGAUAUGCGUGUGAUUUCCAACGAUGUGGAGUACUACAUCCUGAUGCGGGACCAACUUGCUUUCAACUUUUCGCCCUCCAUCGAUGAAUCCCUUCCCAACAGCCCAUCCGCCGAAAUGGCUCUUGGCCCGUCUCACAGCAGCUUGUCGCUGAGAGACUCUCUGUGGAUGUUCCGAGGCAAAGACCUCCUAGCAUGGAACGACGUUAGUGAUGUUCUCCAACAAGAGACGGUGCCGGCACCGCUCAAUAUCCCUCUUGAUUUCUAUCCUCUCUCGGUACUCCUGAACAAGGGCAUCGUGCUGGGAGUGGAAUCCGAAAUGACGCAGCGACGGGAUGUCACAUUUACCACUCUGAAGUUUGCCAUUCGAACACACCUCUUCCUCCCCUACUUCGUUCAGUAUAGUUUGGCCAACAUUGGAACAUCCGCCGCCCUAUCACUCUGUCGACACUUCUCUCAUCUAUCCUAUUUCGCACACGGCCUGGAAAUCCUUCUACAUCACGUUCUCGAUGAAGAAGUAGACAACGAAAGCCGCGCAAACAAGUCUGAUAACCCAGCUGCGCGCGAAGGUCCGCUUUUACCUACCGUCAUCGCCUUUCUCCAAGCAUCACUCCCGGUCCGGGAAUACCUCGACAUCGUCGUGCAAUGUACCAGAAAGACGGAAUUGCGCUUCUGGCGCACACUUUUCGCCUACCUCCCUCCACCAAAGGACCUUUUUGAACAAGCUUUGCGGCUCGACUCGCUCAAAACAGCCGUUGGCUACCUCCUUGUCCUGCAAGCAUUCGAAGACGAAGACCAUAACCACGAUGGCCGCAUUGAAGAAUACGUUGUCCGCCUAAUUGGUCUCGCCUCUCAAAAGAAUGACUGGGAACUGUGCGCCGAACUGGCUCGCUUCCUGAUCGCGCUGGACUCCUCGGGCGAGAUGCUGCAGCGCGCGAUUGCCCGUGUUGGACUACGCCGGUCUUCAACGAAUGGAUCACAACACCCGGGUCUUGGUUCGCGGACUGGGUCCGCGGCAAGUGUCAGGGGUCUUGGGCUGAGUCUUCCUGUUCGCACUCCAUCUUGGUCGUCUCUUUCUCCAACGUCAUCUUUGUCGCAGCGGGUUGGGCGUGAAGGUGAAUUCUCGGAUGAAUAUCCUCACUCGUUAAGUAGCCGAGAUGGCUCGUAA